AUGGCUGCACAAGUAAUCCCUCUACACUCCAAGGACGAUACGUGGAUGAAUCGAGGCAUUGCCCUCGAGUUCACCCUUCAGUUUGACCAUGUCUUGGAUCCAGAGCAUCUCCGUCGGUCCCUGCAACGCUUGAUGGAAAUCGGGGACUGGAAGAAGCUGGGUGCUCGCUUACGUCUGAAUUACACUGGCAAACUUGAAUAUCAUAUCCCCGAGAAAUACCAUGCGAAAUGCCCCGGAUUCACGUUUUCCACCACCACACAUGAUGCAAGCCUUGAUGACCUGUCUUUUUCGAAAAUGCCACGUGCGACGAAAUCUCCGACUGUGUUCCCUUUUUCGGCUGCGAAUCUCGACAAUCUACUUUACACACCCGAUUCACCGAAACAGCUUGAAGACUGGAUAUAUGCAGAUCGCCCACAGCUUGAUAUUCGCCUCGUGACCUUUCAAAAUGCCACCCUGUUGAAGCUGGCAUGGCUGCAUACCUUUAUGGAUGCCUCGGGGCGCGCGAGCCUGCUCAACGCGUGGACGGCCGUUCUUCGCGGCUGCGAAGAUCAAGUCCCGCCGUUCUGUGGGUUUUUGCAAGACCCCUUGGCGGAUUUGAAUGCGCAGCCUCCAAUGGAGUGGUUCGUGCGGUCGCGGUGGAUGUUGAUGAUUCUGCAAUGGAUCGGGCCACUGUUGCUCGUGAUUCGGUGGAUGUGGGAAAUGAUACCAUACCCCAAGCACGAACACCGAAUGGUGUGUAUUCCCGGAUCGAUCGUGACGGAGAUGCGAGAGUCGGCCAUGCAGGAAUUGUCCGUGGGCGAUGACGGCACCGGCAAGACACCGUUUGUGAGUGAAAGCGAUGUCCUCGUGGCAUGGUGGGCGCAGUGCAUUGUCCGGUGCAUCCAACCGUCAUUGCAAACCCCCAUCACGAUCCUGAACAAUUUCAACAUCCGGCCUGCGUUGCCAGACCGUUUCCCGCGGGAUACGGCCUAUAUCGGAAAUGCAUGGCUGACUGCACAUACGAUCCUCUCUCCUGCCCAGAUGCUCGAGCGGCCUGUUAGUUACCUGGCUUCCAAGCUGCGGCAUUCUCUUCUAGCGCAGCGCUCCAAAGACCAGAUUACGGCUUACGCAGCCGUUCAGAAAGAAGGCAUGGACAAGGCUGGAGGUACACUUGCGUCGGCGAUGGGUCUAUCGAACAUGUUAAUCCACUGCUCGAACUGGCAUCAGGCGAGGUUUUUCAACGUUGAUUUCUCGUCUGCGGUCGUGAGCCCGGUUGAUAAAAAGGCCCGGUCAGUGGGGAAACCGUCAUUGAUCAUACCAAACACGAUUUAUCGAUGGCCCAUGCUACUGAAUCUGGGUUCGGUGAUUGGGAAGGACGCGGAUGGGAACUGGUGGUUGACGUGGCACCUGAAAAGGGAGGUGUGGAGAAACAUUGAGAGGCAACUGGCUGGUAUAUCGAUAUAG